UUCCCCUUGUGUCACAAGCACCCUCUCCCGCUUUCCCCUUCAACACUCUCUCUCUCUCUCCCACUUUGCUUUGGAGUUUGGAACUGAGUUUUUCACAGAUGUGGUUUGUGUUAUGUUGUUAUCAUUCUGCAGUGUUGAAUACAUUUAUUUUGAUCCCUUGAUGUCAGUGAAUACUAAGAUACUCUUCUUUUUGUUCAGUUGUUGAUUGUUGAUUGAUGAUGAUGAUGGUGGUGGUGGUGGUGGUGGUGAUGUAUGUGUCUCAAAAGUGUGUGUAUUUAUAGAAGAAAUUAACUAGAUUGCUUGAUUAGCUUUGAAGUGGAUUUUUCUUCUUCUUUAUUUAUUACUUUUUUAAUUAUUUUUUAGAUUUAUUAAGAUCAAAGUUGAGACUUUUGGGCAUGGAAAGUUGUUUGUAAGAGUUUUUGGAAGAUGGGUUUUGGGAAUAAUAAGAAUAGUAGUAGCAGCAGCAGCAGCAACCACAACAACAACAACAACAACAACAACAAUAAUAAUAAUAAUAAUGUUAUUAAAGCUGGAAGUUUGGAUGUGGGAAAAUCAAAGGGAAGGAAGAAGGGAGAGAAUGAGAAAGGGUGGUGGCCUAAAUUUAGUUUCUUUGGGAGCUGCAUACCUUCAAGAUCAAAGGUUGUUACCUCCAUUAGUGGCACUACUUCUACUCAAACUGCAGAAAUCAAAUCUGUGUCGGAGAGCUGCACGAAAGAAACUGUUGCUCCUCCAGAGUCCACUAUGACAACAACAACAAGCAAUGAAGAGAGUAUUCCUUCCACUCCAAAAGUUAGUGAGGAGUUGAAGGUAGCUUCUUGUUUGAGAAAAUUCACAUUCAAUGGACUUAAGGUGGCAACUCGGAAUUUCAGACCGGAGAGUCUUCUUGGAGAGGGAGGGUUUGGUUGUGUAUUCAAGGGUUGGAUUGAGGAGAAUGGAAUUGCACCCGUUAAACCGGGUACCGGUCUUACUGUUGCAGUCAAGACCCUGAACCACAAUGGAAAUCAGGGUCACAAAGAGUGGCUUGCUGAAUUAAACUAUCUCGGUGAUCUUGUCCAUCCUAAUCUUGUUAAAUUGAUUGGUUUCUGUAUAGAAGAUGACCAGAGAUUAUUGGUUUAUGAGUUUAUGCCCCGAGGCAGUUUGGAGAAUCACCUCUUUAGAAGACCCCUACCGCUUCCUUGGUCUAUCAGAAUGAAAAUUGCACUUGGUGCUGCAAAAGGUCUUGCUUUUCUUCAUGAAGAGGCUCAGAGGCCAAUAAUCUAUCGCGAUUUCAAGACAUCCAAUAUCCUAUUGGAUGCGGAAUACAAUGCAAAGCUCUCUGAUUUUGGACUUGCCAAAGAUGGCCCUGAGGGGGAAAAGACACAUGUAUCAACAAGAGUCAUGGGAACAUAUGGUUAUGCUGCUCCGGAGUAUGUCAUGACCGGACAUUUGACAUCAAAAAGUGAUGUCUACAGUUUCGGAGUGGUGCUUCUUGAAAUGCUCACUGGCCGCCGAGCAAUCGAUAAGAGAAGACCAAAUGGAGAACACAAUCUGGUUGAGUGGGCUAGACCUGUACUUGGAGAUCAUAGGAUCCUAUUCCGGAUAGUCGAUCCCCGGCUUGAAGGGCACUUCUCGGUUAAAGGUGCACAGAAAGCUGCCCAGCUAGCUGCUCAAUGCCUUAGCCGCGACCCGAAAUCCAGACCUUUGAUGAGUGAAGUUGUUCAAAGUUUAAAGCCAUUGCCAAACCUUAAGGAUAUGGCCAUUUCUUCUUACCACUUCCAGGUCACGCGAGUCGAGCGUACUUUCUCCAUGCCAAAUCAUAAAAACGGCAUCAAAACGCAGUUAGUAGCUUUACCAAAGAAAGGUCAACCUGUAAGGACAUUGUCAACUCCAAAUGUUCCACAUGGUUCUCCAUAUCUUAAUUAUAGCAAGUCUCCGAAACCAAAGGAGUAAGAAUCACCAUUCGCUAUCUCGAGUUUGCUUCUCUAUUCAUUCAGUUCCCUCAAAUUAGGCCAUCAUCUGAAAGAUACUGUUGUUUGAUCUAUUAUAUGAAUUCAGUCUCAGAUAAGGUGUGGAAACAGUAUAUGAGACUGGAUUGACAGAAUCUUUUGGAGCAAUUUGGCAUAUGCAGCUUUCAAGUGGGGAAUUGUUAUUCACUGAACUUCUGAAGUCCUUUAACUUUUCCACCUUUUCAAUGAUUUCUUACCUUCUGAAUGUAUUUUUUAUUUUAUUUUUUUGUAGAGAAGGAUGAAAAAAAGGUGGUAUUAUAUUACCGGAUAUUAGUGAUAGAAUUUUACACUCAUUCCACUA